AUGAUUUUAAAAAAGUCCGAACGAGGAACCAAAAGAAUGCCUGGAGAAAAUGUACAGGAUGAAAUCAGUUCUUCAGCAUCAGACAGGUUUAGAGUGAACACAUAUUACAAAUGUUUAGACCAAAUAAUUUUAUCUAUAGAUAAUAGAUUUAGUAGUGCUAGAGACAGAAUGAAAGAUCUUGCAUUACUACCAACAGAGCGGUUAAUUGAAGCCAAACAUAAAUCUGAAAUGGAUCUUCCAGAUAAAUGCUUUUUAGAUUUGGCUACAUGGAUUACUGAUAUUAAUCCAUAUCAACUUAAAACUGAGUAUUCAUUAUUUAGUAAAAGCUUAAAAGAAUUGAUUAUUGGAAUGAAAUUCCCAGAUAAUCAAUCCAAAGAAUCAUCUGAUAUUAACUCUGAAGAUGAACAUCAAAAUAUUAUGAGCGAACCAAAACAGAACAUAACACUAGAAACUAUAAUAAACAUUCUCUCAAGUUUUGACAUUAUGUGUGCCUUUCCAAAUUUGUAUUGUGCUUAUAAAGCAUUAUGUACAAUUCCAGCCUCAUCAGCCUCAGCGGAAAGAAGCUUUUCAAAGGUUAAAUUGAUCAAAACUAGACUAAGGUCGACAAUGUCCCAACAAAGGUUGGAGAGUUUAAUGUUUAUAUCUUGUGAAAGAGACAUACCCAUUGAUAUCAAUGAAGUUAUAAAUAAAUUUGGAUUGUCAUCAAGUGUAUUGAAAAAAGAAUUAAUGUUUGGAUAA